AGCCAAUAGCAUAAAAGGACGGGUCUUCUGGUUGCCAUGGUUACGCAAUGAUUCAACGUCUGUUUGUCAUUUGAGUUGCUGUAAAAAGCUUUAUUCUAUUGUAUAUACUUUUUCUUCUUAUCUCAAAAUGGAUGGUAUUGGAAGUUUAGAUGUCAGGUGGAUACAAGGUUUUAAAAGCAAGAAUAUGGAAUUUGCCGACAAUAAAACAGUAUGUUAUCCAUGUGGGACUCAUAUCUGUUUCCUCAACCUGGAAACAAAAAUGCAAAAUGUGCUUCAGAGUCCUGGCAAAGGAGUUGGUGCAUUGGCAGCCAAUGGCAAUGAUGGGAUUUUUGCUUUCUCUGAGCAAAAGCUUUCCCCAUCUAUAUUUGUGUACAAUUUUCCUGAGUUUCAGUUAAAGAAUGAACUAAAAGGAACAGCGCAGCUGGACUACACAUCUCUCACAUUAAGUGAUGGUGGUACUUAUCUGGGCUGUUGUUCUUCUAUUCCAGAUCACAUGAUAACAGUGUGGAACUGGGAAAAUGCCGAGCCAAUUUGUACACAACCGAAAGCUGGGCAUGAUAUCAUUUCUUUGGUGUUCAACCCCGUGAACUGGCUCCAGCUUUGUGCUUUGGGCACUACAACCCUCACUAUCUGGAAUAUUGAGAAGAGUGCCAACUUUCACGUAUUGAAACCAAGUGUGAUAGAGCUUCCAGCAACUGAUGGUUCCUUUGUUGAGAGACUGGUGUCCACCUCUCGUACAGUCAGCGACGAACUGCCCUAUUAUGGUCCAGAGAUGCCUCCAACAGCCAUCUCGGGGAUUAAGGGACACACGGCAGAAAGCAUUGUGACUAAACUCUGCACCAAAGCCAGACUAACUCCUACCGCCAUCUGCUGGACAACCACAUCAGAGCUUUAUGUGGGCUGUGCUGAAGGCUUCCUGCUUCUCGUUGACACAGAGAGCCUCUCUGUCUCAGUCCUCUUCAAUCCCACGGCUGCUGAUGCCAUCCAUGAACUCAAACAGAGCAACUUUCAAGGUUUAACCCAUGACAAGAAUGGUUUGAUCACUGCUGGAAAGGAAGGUGUGGUGCACCGUCUGCAAAUCAAAGGGACUCAGAUCCACAUCACACACACAUGGCAAUUAGAAGGACCUGUCACUGUUGCCAUGUGCUCCCCUGACUAUGAAAUAUUACUGUUAUCUUCUAAUACAGGGCAAAUUUAUACACUGAACCCAAUCCAGUCAGACAAGAUGGUGAAGGUCCUGGAUGUUCUCAGUGGCACCGUCGUGGCAGCAGCUUUCUUGUGCACUGACAAGAAAAUUUGUGUGUCAGUGAGGGAUUCUGGAGAACUGCAGCUGUGGUCCCCUAAUGGCAUUCGUCUCGGUUCCCUGUCUCUUCAAACUGAGGUGACAAGUCUGGCCUGCUGCCCCAUUGCACAAUAUGCAGCUGUUGGAACAGCUUCAGGAAAUGUCCUCUUCGUUGACCUGAACAGGGAGCAGCAGCCUCGCCUGGUGCACCAGGUUCAUCUUUACCAUGUUCCUGUAGAUCACCUUGUUUUUGAUCAAGAGGGGCACUACCUUCUCACUGGUGCUUCAGAUUCACAUAUCUAUGUGCUACAUGCAAAGCCAUCAAAGAGGUUUUCAGUCAUAGGAUACACAGUUGUUCCUGGACCCAUUUUAUCACUUUCCACUCAGUGCAAAAGGGACUGCGAGCAGGUGAAAGUUCUUGCACUUUGCACUGGACAGGAGAGCAGAAAUCGUGAUGGAAGCCUGCUCAUAGUGCUCUCUCUGCCUGUGAAGGACCUUGCAGGUCCAGAUUGUGUAAACCCUCAUGGUUGCCUGUCUAAUCACAUCCUCCAAGUGUCCAAAUAUGAAGUUCCUCAUCCAGUUGAGUCUUGUGUUCUGGGAGUCAGUGAUGUCUUUGCUUACUGCCACAGGAAGAAAACUCUUCAGCGAUUUCAACUUCCACAGGGCACAGAUGGUGUUUCCAGUCAGCAGUCAGUCCAGCUGAAACCGGAGCAGGAAGUGAGGGGUCACCCUCUGGGCCCUGCCUCUCUUGUUCUGUCUCCACAUCAAUUAUGGCUGGCUUCUGUAGGCAGAGAUGGCCUUCUGUGCAUUCGAGAAACUGCUUCUAUGAAGCAGUACGUCGAGCUGCAAUGUCAUUCAUGCCGUGAUGGUGGGGCACGGAGUGUAUCGUUCUCUACAGACAGCCAGACACUCCUGACUGCCGGCUUUAAAGAUGGCUCUCUUGUGUGCACUGAUCUCAGAAUCAAAGGUGUUAAUGCUGGUAAGGUGAAUGAAGCUACUCAGCACAGCCUGUCUAUGCAUCAUUUCGAGAAAAAAAUAUUCAGUAAAGAGAAUGCCGUCCUCAUCGACUGUCCUGAAUGGGAACAAAGGUCUACAGCUGGCACUGAAAAACAAGAGGAAAGUGAGGUCAGUGUUGGAGCAGAGACUGUGGAUGUGACAGAGCGUGAUGAGAGUUAUCACAACCUGCUGUCUGCUCCACCUUCAGUCCCCACCUGGCUGGAAAGCAAAAGAGAAGCGGUUAUAAAAGCAGACAAUGAGCAGUACUCCGAGACAAAGAAAAACCUGAGGAAAGCCAUCAAAGAACUACGAGACACUGUCCAAAACAUGAUGCGCGAAAAUGAGAGCCUCCCUGAUAUCGAGCGUCUGGAACAAGACGAGUUCAACCUGGAUGUUGAGGAGCAGAGGAGACUGGAGGCCAUGGUGGAGGAGGAGGUCAUUCGGGUGAGAAAUGAAAUUGAAUGGGAGAUUUUAGAAAAAUGUUACCUCCGUGACGUCCUCAAGAGAGAAUGCUGGGAUUCCAUGAAGGUCAAAGGCAAGGCCAUUAGGGCCUUCCACUCUGAAUAUGAAGUGAAGAACUACCCUCUGAAGGAGCAAACACAGAAAGAGGUGGAGGAGCUUCGCAGGGUUCAGAAUAUGAGGAAGUUUGAAAAGGCUGCUUGCACUCAGGACAGCGUAAAGAAAAGUUCCAACAUGACCAGUGCGAAGGAGGAAGAGCAGGGGGAGGAAGGCCAAGAGGCAGAGAGUGCUGCUUUAACCGGAAGUUUCUCCACUCAGUUAGGAUAUUCAAAUCCCUACAUCUAUGAUCAGUUCAGUCUGCAAACCACAGAACAGAAGAUCAACCAGAUAAUUCUACUACAGGAUGUGAUUUAUCAAGUCAAGACAGCAUUCAAUGCAGACUUUGAGGCCUUGCACACACAGAAAGUGCAGGAGCUCCGCCGUGUGAGGGAGAGGAACAGACAGAUCAGGGGGAUCAUGCUGGAGCUGGACACGAACGAGAAGCUGUGGGAGCCCAGUCUGACCAACAGCGAGCAGCCAGAGAGGCUUCUCACUGUGGACGACUCUGAGAUAAAAGCAGAAAAGUACCUCACCCCAGAACAGAAAAAGGAGGAGGAGAAGAAGAAGCUGGAAGAGCAAAGACGCCUGGCUGCCAAGGGCGAUAGCUUGAGAGACAGGGCACUGGAUCACAUGAUGGAUGGGGUGCUUGAAGUGAAAAAAGAGGACAUCUUGAAAAUGGAAAUACCUCUGCCUGAGUUUGUUUUGACCAAAGCUGACAUCCACUGGAGUGAAGAGGAGAAAAAAAUCUAUAAAGAGUAUGAAAAGAAGACCAAAGACCUGGAUAAGGAGAAGGAGAAAUACAAAAAGUCACUGGAAACUGAAAUGAAAAAACUGCAAACGUCCACCAAGGAUGCGACCGAGAGGUUUGAUGAAUCUUUGAGAAAGUUGUUUGAGAAGAAACUGAAAUGUGAAAUGACAAUAUAUCAGGAAGAGCUCAAGAUUACUUAUCUUGUCUAUUCAGUUCAGGUGGAAGAGGAGAUGAGAAAUCGAGAGCUGGAGCUCAAGCUUAAACUUGAAAACACUGUGGCACACAAGGAUGACAUUGGGGAAGAGGUGAAGAGACACGAAGAAGAAUUAGAAUUGUUUCAUGAAACCUAUGACAGAAUUGUAGCUGAAGACAAAGUUCUGGACAAAGAAUUCAGGAAGGAGUUCUCUGAUGUGCCAAGCCAUGUGGUCGAUCACCUAUAUAAGUUGUUUAAGCGUAGACCCAGGGUUCAAAAGACGAGGACCCAGACCGACAAUAACUCCCACCUCUUUAAAGAGCAGCAUCUGUGCAGCUCUCUGGCUCCUGAUGCACUCAGCAAAAUGCUGAAGGCCAUGGAAGAGCUGGAUGCUCCAGAGAAUAUACCAGAAGGCUUGAACCUAUCAGUCUGGGAGAGGUUUUGUCUUGUUCGCAGAGCAAAAGUGGAGAGUGAGCAUAAGGUAAAAGUUAAUACUUUGACUCUUGCUGAGAUGCAGGCAUUCCUGCUGAAGAGGAGAGAUGAGGAUAAGAUUGCCCAGCAGGAAAUUAAAAAUCUCUCAGAUGAACUUGAGAGUUUGCAUAAAGAGAAGAACUGUUUCCUGAAGAACAUCAUGGUCCAGGUCCUUCUCAAACAGGGCCAGGUGGAGGUGCCUACCACAGACCUGACUGCUGACUACACUGAUUCUGUACUUCACCACAGGAGUGUGGUGGAGGAGCUCAACACAACCAUCAGGACACUUGGAGAGCAGAAGAUAGCCUCCAUGGUGGAGUGCAAAGACUUCCGUAAGGGCAUCAUCCAGCUGCAGUGGGAGAACAAGAUGUUGGGGAUGCAGAUUGAAGAUCUCAACAAUAAGGCGAGGGAUAUCCAGAUGUUACGGCUGUCUGAAGAGCAGCAGGAUUAUCUCAACAAGACAGAUCGAGACAGUUGUGUGUCCAAGCAAGUUUCCAUUCUGGAGAAAACUAUAGCUUUUCAGAAAAAGACUCAUCUGCAGAGUGUGGAGCAUCGAAUGAAAAAGAUUGCACAGUUUAACAGACAGGCAGCAAAGAAAGCAGAGAAGAACGCAGUUGUAGAAAAGCAGCUACCUAACAUGGAGGUGACUGUGGCAGAGAGGAGACACAUCUAUGAAGCAAUAGCUUCUGAGGAAAAUGAAGCAGCUAAAAUCGAAGAGCGCUACCAGGAAAUCGUUCAGAGGAGGAACUUGGAAGACCUUGCCCGAACACAGGCGGAGGAACUGACUUGUCUCAUGGCAGAAGUCGAGCGUUUGAGGAUGAAAAACUUUCCUUCACUUGAUAAACUGAAACACAACUGAACAAAAAAAAAAAAAAAAGGAAUCUCUUCAACAGAUAACACAGGUUUUAUUUACAUUUCUCUUUGUGCACGUUAACUAAACAUGCAAUUUACAAACGUACAACUUUACAACAGCUGAAAACGGUUUAUCAGCAACAA